GUCAAUGACGUAUGGGGGAAGAUGGCGGCGCUCAGGGUGGAAGCGGCAUGUCGGCUUGUAUUGGGUCAUAGAGUACGAGGAGUCUGGAGGCUGACUGAAGCGACAGAGAGACAUUAUCACAGAUGUCCACGUUCAUUGCGUUUACACAGGGCCCUGGCCCCUGGGACACGGCAAUUUCUUUUAUUAAAUGUUCGCUACCAAAGUGCAGCGACUGCAGCUGCCAACCAGGCACCAUUACCACAUUCUAGUUUUAUUCCUGAAGGCGUGCUUCCUCCCCCAGUCUCUGAAUUGGCCCCCACAGUUGUAGAGACGAUUGGUCAGGUGGAACAGAGUUUGACUGAAUUGGGACUUGGAGGUUACAGUCCAGUUGGCCUUAUACAACAAUUUCUGACUUUUUUACAUAUGGAUAUUGGUCUCCCCUGGUGGGGUGCAAUUGUGACAGGAACAAUACUUGCACGUGUUAUGGUUUUUCCACUAAUAGUCAAAGGACAGAGAGAAGCGGCCAAACUUAAUAAUCAUAUGCCCCAGAUCAGUGCAUUGACAACUCGCAUGAAUGAAGCCAAGCAGUCAGGGAACAAAUUUGAAUUUUCCAAGGCUUAUUCAGACCUUUCAUUAUAUCAGAAGAAACAUAAUGUCAAUCCACUCCGUGGCUUUCUGGUUCCCCUUGUGCAGGCUCCAAUAUUCAUCUCAUUCUUUGUGGCACUGAGACAGAUGGCAUACCUCCCCGUGCCCAGCUUGCAAACUGGUGGCCUAUGGUGGUUUUCAGACCUGGCUGCAGCUGACCCUUACUAUGUGCUGCCACUAAUUGUAACAAGCAGCAUGUGGGCUGUUCUAGAGCUGGGAGCAGAGUCUGGUGUUAGCAAUCCCAACCUCAAGGUCAUGAAGACUGUUUUCCGUGUAAUGCCGUUGAUAAUUUUGCCUCUUACCAUAAACUUCCCUACAGCCGUGUUCACCUAUUGGGUUACCUCAAACUUCUUCUCUAUAGCCCAAGUGGCCUUCUUGAAGGUACCAGCUGUUCGAGAAAAACUGAAAAUCCAAAAACCUGUCCAGCAUGACCCAUCAGUACUGCCAAAGCAGGAGGGCUUAGUGAAGAGUUUUCAAACUGGUUGGAAAAAUGCACAACUGGCUCAGCAGUUAGAGGACAGAGAACGCAGAAUAAAACACCACCUGGAUAUUGCAGCAAAAGGUCCAUUGAGACAGACAUUUUCCCAGAAUCCUUUGCAGCAAAGAGAGAAAAUACCAGUUUCUCCAAAGAAACAAAAAGACAAACCUUGGCAGGACACAAUUGGAUAGAAACUUCCUCUUGCUUCUAGCUCAUGAUCUUAUCAAACCCUGCCAGCCCCAUCCAGUACAAUGUUUGCUCAUCAAAAAAUUCUUAAUUGGGCUGAAAUGACCAAGAAUGAGAUGGGUGGAUUCUCUUUGGUACAUAUUGUAUUUAUGUAAAUGACAAUACUUAUGUUACCUUUAAGAAACAGUGUGAUAAAUCUAGUUCUUGGAUCUAAAGAACACUAGUGUACCUUUUUUGUUUCAGUGUGCGUUUGUUAAAUCAAACCAAUACAAGUGAAAGAUAAGCUGAUACUAGUCUCCAUGGUUAAAAUAUUCAAAGAGACAGGUAGUAUAGCGUUCUUUUUCUAUACUACCACUACAACAAAUACUACACAAACUCAAAAACAUUCUGUAUAAAAUAUCACAACCAUGACUAAAUAAAAUAAUGUGCUUUUUCUGUUUUUA